CUUUAGCCUGCUGAGAGCUUCAAAGUGAAAGGUUGUUACUGACAGCAGCUACAUCUAAGUGUUUAUUCAUUUUCCUUUUGACUGAAUAGUUGCUGAUUUGAUCUUGGAGACGUUUCUCCUCACAUCAGCUUCAGAUCUAAAGAAUGAGUUGUGAGUAGGUGUUGCGCUGACCUUAGAGGUGUGGCUGCCCCUCUCUAUUGUUCCUCAUCCUUUCCCUACAUGCUGACUCCGUUGCGCGUUGCCAGCGCGUGACCGCAGAUGGAACCUGCGUGCGCUCCGGCGCGCGCCUCGCCAGGUGAGCAGAAUUGAGGCAAUUAAGAGCUCGUGCUCGGGGGAAAUGAAGUACAGCCAAAAUGUCUGCAACAAGCUUUUGCCCAGCGCGCGGCAGACUGAGAGGAGUGCAGAGUGAACACAAAUGGGUACACUGUGAGGAGGAAGACUUUGAUCUUGACGGGCUGUCGGUAAGCUCUUGGAUUCACGUCUUUAUAUGGACUCUUUAUCCGUCUGGGUGUGAAUGGAAUUUACUGAGAGGAAGUGUGUUAACGUCUGGAGUGCCAGAAAUGACUGCAGGAAUAAUAGUAAAUUAAAUGAAAGCAAGUUAAGGCAGAAAACAGAUGUAUUCAUGUAUUUAAUUAUUUGUCUGGUAAAAUCAGUCUUUUUUCAUCCUUGCUUCAUUGUGAAAUGAUUCAUCUCUGAAUUAGCAGCCAGUACUUGUAAAAGCAGAUAGAAUAGUACUUGUCUAAAACUAGACGCCCAACUGAAGGUUACUAAAGAUGCUGGUGUGUUCUCCUUGCUCUGUAUUACCUGUAACAGCAUUGAAGUUUAUCUGCAUGAUUUAGUUACAUGUUUAUUUUUGUUAUUUAAAGCUUUUCCACCUGACUGGUUCCUGAACCCGGACUGAUCUCAGUACUGGUCAAAUAAAUUGUUCUGAGUGAAAUCCAAAGUAUGCUCUUUCCAAGUGUCGGCACCUCACAGUGGAAGAAAACACUUGACAGUAGGAGGCUUAGAAGUUCUGGUCAGAACCAAACACGCUGAUUGUGAUGGAAGUUUUUAUUGAUCCUAAAGUAGAAAUCUGUUUUUAUCUAAAUGAAGUUCAUGUUCUUGUUCCUUUUCCCCACAUCAUGUAGCCGGUAUCACUCGUGGUGUAAAUAUAAAGGUAUGGUGGUGUGUAACAUCAUGUGUCUGUGUUUCCUACAGAUGUUCAACAGCUGGUGCUGGUUAAAGAAGAAGAUCCUGAAGAACAGAGUGCUGGUGUGGACCAGCAGGACCCAGAACACCUCCACAUAAAGGAGGAACAGGAGGAGCUCUGGACCAGUCUGGAGGGAGAGCAUCUCUGUUUGAAGGAGGAGACUGAAGCUGUCGGGUCUCCUGUUACUGCUGUUUCUAUAAAGAGUGAGGAUGAUGAAGAGAAACCUCUGGUCUCACAGCUUCAUCAGCAGCAAAUAGAAGACAGAGAUGUUCCAACCAGCAGCUCAGCUGACCAGAUGACCGCAGAAACUGGUGGAGGAGCAGGAACUAGCAGGAACCCAGAUCUGAACCCUCAUGAACAAACAUCUGAUUCUUCAGAGACUGAAGUUAGUGGAGAUGAAGAUGAUGAAGAGGAUGAUGAUGAUGUGAAUCUGGACUCUGAGCUGUCAGACUCUGGGUCUGAAACUGGAGAUGAAGAUGAUGACUGGAAUGAGAGCAGGUCUUCUGAGUCAGAUGAUUUUCAACAGGUGGUUCUGGUUAAAGAAGAAGCUUCAGAAGAACAGAGUGCUCGUGUCAACCACCAGCACCUAGAUUUUCUCCACAAAAAGGAGGAACAGGAGAAACUCUGGUCUAGUAUGGAGGGAGAGCAUCUCCAUUUGAAUAAGGAGACAGAUGCUGCCAGGUUUCAGUCCUUUAGCCAAAAAACACAUUUAAACAAACACACGAGAGUCCAGACAAAGCAGAAACAUUUUGCCUGUGAGCACUGUGGACAAAGGUUUCACCAAAAGACUAAUUUAACCACACACAUGAGAGUCCACACAGGAGAGAAGCCUUUUGCUUGUGAGCUCUGUGGAAAGAAAUUUAGCUUAAAGUCAACUUUAAACCGUCACAUGAGUGUCCACACAGGACAGAAGCCUUUUGCUUGUGAGCUCUGUGGAACGAGAUUUAGCCGAAAAGGGUCUUUAGAUGAACACAUGAGAACCCACACAGGAAAGAAGCCCUUUCCUUGUGAGCUCUGUGGGAAAAGAUUUAGUCAAAAGACAAAUUUAAACAGACAUAUGAGAGUCCACACAGGACUGAAGCCCUUUCCUUGUGAGCUCUGUGGAAAAAGAUUUAACCAAAAUACGAAUUUAAACAGUCACAUGAGAGUCCACACAGGACAGAUGCCCUUUCCUUGUGAGCUCUGUGGAACAAGAUUUAGCGAAAAGACGAAUUUAAACAGUCACAUGAGAGUCCACACAGGUGAGAAGCCUUUUGCGUGUGAGCUAUGUGGACAAAGAUUUAGCCAAAAAGGGUCUUUAGAUGAACACAUGAGAAUCCACACAGGACAGAAGCCCUUUCCUUGUGAGCUAUGUGGAACGGGAUUUAGCCGAAAAGGGUCUUUAGAUGAACACAUGAAAGUCCACACAGGAGAGAAGCCUUUUGCCUGUGGGCUCUGUGUAAAAAGAUUUAGCCGAAAGACAAAUUUAAACACACACAUGAGAGUCCACACUGGACAGAAGCCUUUUGCUUGUGAGCUCUGUGGACAACGAUUUAGCCAAAAGACACAUUUAAACAGUCACAUGAGAGUCCACAAUAGAGAGAAGCCUUUCGCUUGUGAGCUCUGUGGUAAUAGAUUUAGUGAAAAGGGAAGUUUAAACAGACACAUGAGAGUCCACACAGGACAGAAGCCUUUUGCUUGUGAGCUCUGUGUAAAAAGAUUUAGCCGAAAGACAAAUUUAAACAGUCACAUGAGAGUCCACACUGGCUUUUCGCCUGUGAGUUCGGUGGAAAAGUUUUACCCAAAAGAUCAGUUUAAACGGUCACAAGAGUCUAUAAAGGACAGAAGCCUUUUGCUUGUGAGCUCUGUGGACGAAGAUUUUGCUGAAAGAAAACUUUGAACAAUCAUCUAAGCAUCCACUAGGGCUGAACGAUCUAUUGCAGGGGUCUCCAACCUUUUUUGGCCCGUGAGCUACUUUUACACAAUGAAGUACAGCAGUUACUGCCAUAUGAUUUAUUUACAUUGAUACUUUCCAUGUGUGAAUGUGCUUACCGUAAAUCCUCUAAUACAGGCCGGUAUUCAAUUAAAGGCCGGGUCUCCAAUUCUGGCCGGUGUCGGAGUCAGCGGAGGCAAAUAAUGGCCGGUCUCUUAUUGUGGCCGGAUGGAAUGUGGUAACAAGAAAGUACGAGCGUCCCAGCGGCAGGGUUGUAGUCCCCAAAUCAACCAGCAGGAGGCAGUAGAAGUUCACGCAGACCUUUUUUAGGCUUUUUCUUCAAUGCUUUGUAACGCUACAGACACGAUCCUCUAUCACGCUCCUACCACACAGAGUCAUGGUGUCAGUUAACCAUGCUAAUUCAAUCUGCUCCACAGAACACACAUCACCUUCCCUGUGGCUUACAUAACACUCACACAACACGCAAAUCAGCACAUAGGAACUAGCAGAACAAUAGGAAACACAUAUAACACAAUACCCAGAAUGCACCUGGCUUACAACCCCAGCCAGGUCAUUACACUAUCAAGUUCAAAGAGAACGUGCUGAUUAUGCUGCAGAACACUCUGGAGAGCAGCAGUAGGGGUUGUAUGAACUACAGUAAUCCCUCGUUUAUCGCGGUAGAUGCGUUCCAGACCUGGCUGCGAUAGGUGAAAAUCCGCGAAGUAGGGACUCCCAGCAUGCCCCUCGCGGGGAUUCCCUUCACGUCGCACCUACGUCACAAACCGCGGCUAUAAACGGAAGUCGCCUUUCCAGCUCACCACUCAGUCAUCGUUUCUUCAGAUUCAUGAUCAGAGUUUCCAACCUACCGAUCAAUCCAACGAACUAUCAGCUCAUAGUAAGUUAUCUUACUUACUUCUGGAAAGCCCGGCAUUUCCGUGUAACUUCGUUGACGCUCGAAUGCUCGGGGGUUUCCUAGAGCAGCCGGCGUUUCACCGACGCUAUCACUUCCGCGUCUGUGAAACCACGCUCCCUAUUGAAUUAUCGUAUGAUCACAUUCUCUUUUUGGGGGUAAAACUCAAGUGCCAGACCGUAGGUACUGACACGCGAUCGUUCAUGUCGGUUCAUUUCCUUUAAUGUUUUCUGUCUUUUAUUUGCGCCUGAUGUGUAUCGCUGCUGUGGAGCGGGGCGCAUCAACUUGUCCUCCGACGCACAGAUCACAGCAGGGAGCGCUCAGCUGUUUUCGCUGUCUGUAGAUCUGCCUCCUGAGCACGGCCACAGUAACAAUCAGGUGUCGCCACCUCAAAAACUAAUUUAACACGCGAUCGUUCAUGUCAGUUCAUUUCCUUUAAUGUUUUCUGUCUUUUAUUUGCGCCUGAUGUGUUUCGCUGCUGUGGAGCGGGGCGCUGUGCGCAUCACCUUGUCCUCCGACGCACAGAUCACUGAUACAGCCGCCAAACAGCAAGCGCUCCGCUGUUUUAGCGGUCGGUAGAUCUUUUAGAACUGCAGUUCAAAGGUAACUCAUGAGGUGAAUAUAUAUGAACCCAGGUAGAAGUUUUUCUUUAGGAUUGAGAGGAGAUGCAGGAAGAUAAUAAACAGACAGGACAGAAAAAUAGUCAAAUAAAAACAAGUUAGUUUUUGUACCUGGUUGCAACAAACAGACACCAUUGAAGGUCAUCAGAAGUGAGGAACAGAAAAUGAAAUAAUUAUUUUAAUGUUUAGAGCAGCAGGAACUCCUAGAGGCUGCAGGCGCAUCAGUGAGUUUGCGGCUGCUGCGCAGGGGGAGAGGGCUGAAGCAGGAACUACCGUUGUUAAAAGAAAUGUUUAACUUUGAAAAUGUGGGCGCACUUUUAAUUGUCAAAAACUCCAGCGAACCAUUAGUUCAUUUUGCUCAAAUAGAAAUAGAGGCCUGCCUCUAAUACUGGCCCUCCUUCCAAUAAAGGCCUGGAGCUUGAUGAGCUUGAGUCAAAUACAGGCCCGGGCCUGUAUUAGAGGAUUUACGGUAUGUUAAACAUGCAAUACUUACUAUAUUAACAAGCAUUGUACUCACAAGUUGAUUUCUCUGUAUUUCAGUACAUCAGUAUAUAUAUUUUUUUAAAAUUAUAAAAACUAAUGACAUUAUGAAAACCAAAUUAAACAAAACAUAUUAAUUUUUUUAAACUAAUCGGAUACUUUCAGACAAUGAAUAACAAAUCUAGUUCAUGUGAAUGAUUUGAUAAUUUUUUUAGAAGGUUAGUAACAUAAUUUUUUAAGUGCACAGGAACAGCUAACCUGUAAAACUGAUGAUAUUUCAUAUAAAAUACAAGAUAAAUGUGAUGAAAACACAAAAGUCUAAGUGGUUUGAAUUGAAGUAAAAAAAGUAAAAUCAGAAUUAAGACUUGUUCCUGCUCUCCUGGUUUACUGAAUCAUUUUUAUGGGUUUUUUUGGUGAUGAAAGUUAAGUUUUGCUGCGUUUAUUGCUGACAAUAAGAAGGUUGGAGGUUUAUCCUUUUUUUCUGCAUCUUGUAGGUUUUUUUCUCCGCAGGUCUGAAGGCUGUGCGUUACACAGAGCAGAGAGACAGAGAGCAAGAGACCAGAACCAAAAGAAAUGAUCACAUCACACCAAUCUUAAAAUAUUUACAUUGGCUUUCAGUAACUUACAGGAUUGAUUUCAAAGACCUUUUACUUACUUUUAAAUCAUUAAAUGGCCAACGACCUCUGUAUAUAGCAGAGAUGUUUGAAACGUUUCACCCUUCAAAAUCACUUAGGUCAGCAGAUAAAUCCCAACUGGUACAACCCAGAGCCCGCACCAAGCACGGAGAGGCUGCCUUUAGCUGCUAUGCGGUCCGUCUCUGAAACUGUCUUACAAUAGACAUUAAGACCUCUCCCACCAUUUCCAUUUUUAAAUCCAGAUUAAAAAUUAAACUUUUUCAUGAUGCCUUCCAUUAAUCUAUCCUUGCAUCUGUGCUCUACUAGGUCUUUAUCUGUACUGUGUUGAAUUUAUUCUAUAUGUAUUUUAUAUGUAUACCUAUUCUGUGCUGUUUUAUCGUGUAUUAUUGUGUAAUUAAAGCGAUUACUUGUAAUAAAGUGUAGUUGUUGGGUAAAGCAGUAUAUACUAGGAAUGAUUAAUAAAAAUAAAAACUAGAAUUGAACCUGAGUUACAUGGUAAUAACGGAAUAAGAACUCGGAAACAAUAAUACACUAACUUACUAAGUAAUUACCAUGUAAGUACUAAGUAAUUAGAGGACUGUAAAAGAAAGCGCUACCAAUAAUUGUACUUAAUAUGCUUUUAUUUUUGUGUGCUAUGUUCUGUGUCAAUGUUCUUUGAUUUUAUUUUACACAACAUGAUGUGACAUUUUAACUAUUUCAUUUCACUUGUGAUUGUUUUAACUAUGUGAAGCACAUUGGGCUACCGUUUUGUGUAUGAAAUGGGCUAUAUAAUAAACUUGACUUGAGAGAGA